UGAUAUAUCUUCUCUGUAAUUUCCCUGUUAUUGGCAAUUAUUUUUCCUAGUAAUUUUAUUUUUAUGCAAUCAUACUGCAAUUUAACUGCAGACCAAGUGGGUAUUUCAACAAGUCUGAGCAUGGCUAGCGAAUCAUGGCUCAUCUUGGAUGCUUUAACCAUUGUGACUCGAUCCAUGCACAACUGCAGAGUAUUCAGCUACCAUGGAGGCAUUCAAAAGCUUACAGCAUUGCUGAAAGCUGCUGUUGUCCAACUUAAGACCGUUAUCAGUGCUCUUUCAGCAGAUGAAAGUUUGUCAAAUACUAUGGUGGAGAAAACUGGAAUUUUGCAAAAGGUUCUUGUUUAUGUGGUGUCCGUCAUAUCUAACUUUAUUGAUUUGCACUCAUACCCGGAAGAAAAGUUUCCCUUGAAUAGAAGCAAUAUGGAAUUGUUUGUAACAAGUAGUGAAACAUCAAGUGAAACUUCAACUACCGCGGAAUCUCUAGUUUCUGAAACAAUGUUAUUGUGGCAUCAGAAAUCAGUUAUUUCAGUUAUGGAAGCUGGUGGUCUUAACUGGUUAGUAGUGCCUGCUGAUAGGAUUCUUGUUCUGAGUUUUGAAGUGCUUUGUAGCAUGCCACUGUGUGAUGUAAGCAAUCCCUAUUCUCUGAAUUUCGGAGAUAUUCACCCCUCAAGGCCUCAUGGGUAUUUGAGUUUGUUAUAGUUGUCUAGUCUAUUCAUUUUUUUGGGAUUAUUAUAUGAAAAUGUAACCACCUAGACACCAUCUUACAGUCUAUAACUCACCCUUAAAAAUGAGUAAAAUUAUCUGAAUGUAUUUCGGAUGCUAGAUAUUUAAUGCUUUUAAAUUGCUGAGAUUGAUCUUCCCUAUUUUUAAUGGAGUUUUGUUUAUGCAUUCUUCACAUUCUUUCUAUUUCCACUGCUUGUUGGAUAACACGUUUUGUUAAUAUCAUAAGUUGAUUAUGCAUUUCAAGAUUUAUAAAGUAAUCACUUCUAUUAAUAAGGAUAAUGUUAUUCUCCUGAUUCGAGCUUAUGCGGCUUAUAUGUUGUUAACCAUCUAGGCUUUUUGGUCAGUUUUUAUCCUUGGUGUAGUAUUUCAAUCUUUAGUUAGGCCCUGUUUGA